AUGAGGCGACCGUUGUGGCGGUUAUCGGAUUACGUCAUCGGGGGCCGGUUGUACAAGGGCGACGUGUCGUGCGUGUACAAGGCCGUGUGUCGACGUAGCGGCCUUCCCGUGGUGCUCAAGGUGUAUUUAAUAUCGCGGGUGCCCCACAAUGCCGUACAUACCCUCGUACGGGAGGUGCGCAUACACACAGACCUGGAACACAACAACAUAGUCACCCUGUACGGCGUCUUUGAGGAAGACAAUCGUCUGGUGCUGGUCCUGGAGCGGGCGAUGUGUGGGGACCUCUUUGCCGUACGGUCCAGCAUGCCGUACUGCCGUAUGAGUGAAGACCAGCUGCGGGUGCUGGUGCUAGCGCCGCUACUUGAUGCCCUGUCGUACUUGCACGGCAAAGGUGUGUGCCACAGGGACAUAAAGCCCGAGAACCUGCUCCUCACCACCAACUGGCAGCUGCGGUUGGCGGACUUCGGAGCCGCCAUCAAUAUGGUGCAUGAGCGGGCAGUCACACGUACGGGAACAAACCUUACCUGUCUCCCUCGUCUCCUACCUUUCGCUCCGCCGCCAUUACCGCCCCCCCACAUGGCCCUUGCAUGGGUUGUUGGACUGCUCAAAACUACAACUACAACUACCAACUACCAACGUAUCACGGCGCCCGAGGUGGAGCGCUGCCCCCUCAAGCUGCUGCCCGAGGACAACAAGGACGACCCGGAGCUGGCCUACUCCACCGCCGUGUGGAGCCUGUUACGACACCCCUGGCUGAAACAUGCGGUCAGACAGCACCAGGCCCGCCGGUAUAUGGACCGUGCCUUCGCUGAAGCGUACAUGUCGUACAUUCGUACGGCGCUGUCGCGUGGCGCCGUCAGCGGAGUGGACGCGGCGCGGUUUCUGGAGGCCAUAGCUGGGUUUGCAGAGUGGCCGACGGGGUGGCGGCGCUACGCAACUUGGACCAGAGGCGUGCGGAACGAAGACCACCUUUUCAGUCAGGCAUUGCAAGGCAGUGAAGUGCUGACACAGACCGUAAUGCAGCCCGAGGCAAGGCAUGGUCUCUCACUCCUAGUCAACACGCGGGCCGACCCAACAUUAUAUUCCAAUAACCACAGCAAGCUAGUGCUAAUAAAGGGCUUAUACCCAAGAAAGGUGCAAAGCAUAAUUGAAAACCGCCUGAUCAUGAUCAUCGACAGCGGCCCGUAUCGGUGA